AUGUCCCGCCGCAGCCGGGACGGGCACCCCGGGCUGCCGCCGCUGCUGCUGCUGCUUCUGGCCGCCGCGCCGCCGAGCCUGGCAGAAGUCCACUAUGCCACCGCAUACUGGAUGCCUGCGGAAAAGACUGUACAUAUCAAGCCCGUCCUGGACAAGACUGGAGAUGCAUAUGGCUUUUACAAUGACUCUGUGAUGACCACAGGCUGGGGCGUCCUGGAGAUCAAAGCAGGGUAUGGUUCUCAGGACUUGAGCAAUGACAUCAUCAUGUUUGUGGCCGGCUUCUUAGAGGGCUACCUCACUGCCUCACAAAUGUAUGACCACUUCACAAACCUCUACCCCCAGCUGAUUAAGAAAUCAUCCAUCGUGGAUAAAGUGCAGGAGUUUUUGGAGAAGCAAGAUCAGUGGACCCGGGAUAAGAUAAAAAAGUCCAAGGAUGAUCCAUUUUGGAGACAUACAGGCUAUGUUAUGGCACAGUUAGAUGGGCUGUAUAUAGGGUCAAGGAAGAAGGCGAUAUUAGAAGGGAGAAAGCCCAUGACCUUAUUCCAGAUUCAGUUUCUGAAUGCUGUUGGAGAUCUGUUGGACCUGAUUCCCUCACUUUCUCCAACAAAAAACUCCAGCCUGAAGGUUUUUAAGAGAUGGGACAUGGGACAUUGCUCCGCUCUUAUUAAGGUUCUUCCCGGAUUUGAGAACAUCUAUUUUGCUCACUCCAGUUGGUACACGUAUGCAGCCAUGCUCCGGAUAUAUAAACACUGGGACUUCAACAUCAAAGAUAAAAGCACCAGUAGUAUUCGCCAGUCUUUCAGCAGUUACCCAGGGUUUCUAGAGUCUCUGGAUGACUUUUACAUUCUCAGUAGUGGCUUGAUAUUGCUGCAGACCACAAAUAGCGUGUAUAAUAAGACCCUUCUAAAGUAUGUGGUACCCCAGUCUCUCCUGGCCUGGCAAAGAGUCCGUGUGGCUAAUAUGAUGGCAAAUGGUGGCAAGGAGUGGGCAGAGAUCUUUACGAGAUACAACUCUGGUACUUACAAUAAUCAGUACAUGGUCCUGGACCUAAAGAAGGUGAAGCCGAAGCACAGCCUGGACAACGGCGCUUUGUACAUUGUGGAGCAGAUCCCCACAUAUGUUGAGUUUUCUGAACAAACUGAUGUUCUACGGAAAGGAUACUGGCCCUCCUAUAAUAUCCCUUUCCAUGAAAAAAUCUACAACUGGAGUGGCUAUCCACUGUUAGUUAAGAAGCUGGGCUUGGACUACUCUUAUGAUCUGUCUUCACGGGCCAAAAUCUUCCGGCGUGACCAAGGGAGAGUGACGGAUAUGGUGUCCAUGAAAUACAUCAUGCGAUACAACAAUUAUGAGAAGGACCCUUACAGUAAGGGUGACCCCUGCAAUACCAUCUGCUGCCGUGAGGACCUGAAUGCACUCGACCCAAGUCCUGGAGGUUGCUAUGACACAAAGGUGUCAGAUAUCUACCUAGCAUCAAAGAACACAGCCUAUGCCAUUAGUGGUCCCACUGUACAAGGUGGCCUGCCUGUUUUCCACUGGAACCGUUUCAACAAAACUCUCCAUGAGGGCAUGCCAGAGGCUUACAACUUUGAUUUUAUGAUCAUGAAACCAACUUUGUAACUUGACAUAAAAUGGAGGGAGAUAAGGGACUAGAAGGAUACAAAGGAGAUACCAAAGGCACUAUUUUAGCUAUGUUUUUCCCUCAGAAUUAGUCAAUAAAAUAUAUUAUUUUCAAUCUGUCACUUUCACUUUCCACUAUUAAUUUUAGUUUUUAAGAUGCAUUCACUAUGGAGUGGAGCAUUUAAAAGAAAAAUCACAUAUUCCAUUGUGUAUAUAUACCACAUCUUCUUGAUCCAGCCAUCUAUUUUGGGGCAUUUGGUUGUUUCCAGGAUUUACCUAUUGUAAAUAGUGCUGCAAUAAACAUAGGGG